AUGGGUGGAAGGAAUGAUGAUGCGAUUGCAGCUGCUUUGGAGGCGAUGGCCCAAGCUUUGGAACUUCAGCCGAAUGUUGGUGAAAAUGAUGCUUCUCGCAAUUUGAUUACCUUCCAAAGGGAGAACCCUCCUGUCUUCAAGGGGACUCAUGAUCUUGAUGGCGCAUUGACAUGGCUAAAGGAGAUUGGGAGAAUCUUCCUCGAGGCGGAUGACUGGUGGUUAGAGACUCGUAGGAGGUUGGAAUCUAGUGGGGAGGAGAUCUCUUGGGUUGUGCUCCGCAUGGAAUUCUUAAGGGAGUACUUUCCUGAGGAUGUCCAUGGCAAGAAGGAGAUUGAAUUCCUUGAUAUAAGGCAAGGGAACAAGUCUGUAGUGGAGUAUGCUGCUAAGUUUGAGAUUAAGAAGUCUAGUAGUUACCAGAAGAUUCGUAUCUUUGCUGAUUUAGUUGAUUUUUGUCAGAUUUAUGAGGAGGACAAUAAUGCUCAUUGUCGUGUUAUUAAUGAGAAGAGGGGCAAGAGUCAACAAGGCCGUGGUAAGCCUUAUGAAGCUCUGAGUGGAAAGGGUAAGCAGAAAGUUGGUGAUGGCAAGAAAACUAGUGGGGGAGACGCUCCUGCUGGUAUUAUGUGCUUCAAGUGUGGCAAGGUUGGCCACAACAGCUCGACGUGUAAUAUUGAUGCUAAGAGAUGCUACCGUUGUGGGAAGUUUGGUCAUGCAUUGUCUGAGUUCACGCAUAAGGAGAAGAUGGGUUUAGGAGGUGUGAAAAAUGACAAAGUUAUUGCUUAUGCAUCGAGGCAGUUGAGAGUUCAUGAGAAGAACUAUCCUACACAUGAUUUGGAACUUGCUGCUACUGUGUUUGUAUUGCAGAUUUGGAGGCAUUAUCUUUAUGGUUCUAGACUUGAAGUCUUUAGUGACCAUAAGAUCUUGAAGUACAUGUUUGAUCAAAAGGAAUUGAAUAUGAGGCAAUAUCAGUUAAAUAACUUAUAA